AAUAAAUCUAUAAAUAACUAUGACCAUCUAGUUAUACCUUAAAUAAUGUAAACAAAAGCUUUUUCUAGUUAGAAGAUGACAAAUAGAUUAAUAUAACGUACACAAACUUCACUAUUCUUAAUAUCAGUUAUAAUACCUAAGGAAAAGCAUUAAAAUUGUCGAAUUUUAAUUUGUUAUAUCUCUUAAAUCAAUGACAUUCUCCACUUGACUUUUGCGGGGAAUUACUCAAAACACACACACACAAACUUCGCCUACAACAUAUCUCAUUGUAAGUGGAAAUAAAAUCGGUGAGGUGUGACCUAUUAUGUUCAAGUAAAUAAGUCAAUAAGUUUAUCUUUACCACAGUAAUGGCUAGGAAUUCGUAACGUUACACUUAUUUCGAAAUUUUUAGUGAAACUAGACAAUAACUCUAUACGUACUGACAAUGGCAUAAUAACGAGCAAAUGCAAAUAAAAAAAUAUAAAUACACAAAUAUAAUACAACGAAAAGAUGAUACAAUGUGUGGCUAUUAAAAUACAUCCUUUGUAUUUGAUGCUGCCGGCGGCUAUCUGCUGCUCGUUCUCGUUUCAUUUACCGGUAGGUACCCCGCCGAAUGCAAUUGCCAGCGCGGCGGGUCAUAUAAAGACAAGGGACUUUAUGAUCGCCGGUAUCGGGCCCAGCAUCGUCACGCUCGUCGUCACCGUGGGGGCGUUCUCCACAUGGGGUACAUACGUAUUCAAUCUGUCCGAGUUCCCCGAGUGGGCGACAUAGCGGUACUCGUCAGUAUAGUCCUUCGAUAUUUAUUUGCGCUUCGUGCUCCACCGAACGCGCGUGUUCCACAAUGACAAGAGUACUACUCGUACAUAAUAACGCCGAAUAUUCUCAUCUCAUCGAAAAAAUUCGGUCUCUCUAUAAUAGAUAUUUUCUUACAAAUUCCAAAGAUAUCUGACGCCUUAAGGGAUAAGUUCGCACAAUCGCGAAUCUCAACUUCCUCAAUGGCAAGAAUAGACUGGAUGGUACUAUGUAUGUAUCGUAAAAGCGAAAAUUGUCAAAUAUGAUAAGAAAGUAACAAUAUGAUACAUCCUCAGAA